AUUCUUCUAAGGGAGAUCCGAAUCUGCGGCUGCUGGUUGCGCCCCAUUUACCGGGAGAUGCGCACGCAGCCCCGAACGUCGGCCACGUCGGAGAAGUGACAGAGGGAGAUGGGUGGGUGGUUUUCCACCAUGUUUUCCGGCCUGUUUGGGUCGCGGGAAAUGAGAAUAUUGAUCUUGGGUCUCGAUGGAGCAGGCAAGACCACGAUACUCUACAAGCUGCAGGUGGGGGAAGUUGUCACCACCAUUCCCACUAUUGGCUUCAACGUUGAAACAGUGACUUACAAGAACCUAAAGUUUCAAGUGUGGGAUUUGGGUGGACAGACCAGUAUACGGCCCUACUGGCGUUGUUACUACUCCAACACUGACGCAGUGAUCUACGUCGUCGACAGUUGUGAUAAGGAAAGGAUGGGGAUCUCAAAGUCAGAACUUGUUGCUAUGCUGGAGGAGGAAGAGUUGAAAAAGGCUGUCCUAGUCGUCUUUGCAAACAAGCAGGACAUGGAACAAGCAAUGACCCCCACAGAAGUGGCCAAUGCACUUGGCCUACCAGCCUUGAAAGAUCGGAAAUGGCAGAUAUUCAAGACCUCUGCAACCAAAGAUAUUGGUUUGACUGAGGCUAUGGACUGGUUGGUGGAAGCACUGAAAUGUAGACAGUGAAAACGGUCAUUGGUUCAUUUUGAUCCGUCACAAGAGAUUGCAACAGUCUUGAUUUUUACCCCUACAUCUCGAAGUCUUUUAAUAUGUAUAAGGACUACAUAUUCCAUUUACUCUUGUCUUUGUUUUUGACUUAAUGUUAUAUUUAUGUGGGGUUUUCAUCGCUUGGGAUUCACUUUAAUGUUUAAUUGGUCUCUUAGGGAAAGGGUUGAGGAUUUCUGCACAAGGAAAGGGAAGUGUUAAACUUUUGUUUAAAUCAGCUCCUGGUUUGCGAUUUAAUGGAACAUUAAUACACUAAUAAAACAUUCCUUCCUUUGGUGAUAUCUUCUGCAACAACCUAACAACUGAAGAUUAUUUAUCUGAACAGCCCCUGUGCUGGUUUUAUUCUCAUAAAUCCGCAAGUUCUGUGAAGAUGUAAAGUUUUUUUUGAAAAACAGAAUAAAAACUAAAAACUAUUCAGAAAAGUCCACAGAACUGAAUAACAUAGAAUCAGAUUUAAUAUCACUGUCAUAUCUUGUGAAAUUUGUUUUGUGACAGCAGUAUAUAAUGAAAUAUAAAUUGCAAUAAGAAAUGUAUAUAAAAGAUAAGUAGUGCAAAAAAAAAUUUUAAAAACAGUAAGGUAGUGUACAUGGGUUCAUUAUGCAUUCAGAAAUCUGAUGCCGUUGAGGAAGAAGCUGUACUUAAAACGUUGAGUGUGAGGUUUCAGGGUCCUUGAUGGUAGCAAUGAAAAGGGGGCACGGCCUGGGUGAUGGGGGUCCUUACUGAUAGAUGCCCAUUUCUUGAGGCAUUGCCUUUUGAAGAUGCCCUUGAUGCUGGGGAGGCUAGUGCCUAUGCUGGAGCUGGCAGAGUUUACAACUUUCUGCAGCUUUUUCUGAUCCUGUGUACUGGCCCCUCCAUAACAGAUGCUAAUGCAACCAGUUAGAAUGCUCUCCACAGUACUUUGGAGAAAUUUGCGAGAGUCUAUGGUGACAUACCAAGUCUCCUAUAUAACCUCUGAUGUGCCACCUUUGUAAUUGCAUCAAUACGUUUGGCCCAGGAUAAACCCUCAGAGAUGUUGACUUGAAAUUGCUCACUCUUUCCACUGCUGAUCCCUUGAUGAGGACUGAAUUGAAUGGACUUUUUUUCUUACAUCUUUCACAUACAUGAGGAAUAAAAUCUUUGUUACAUCUCUAUCUAAAUGUGCAAUGUGCAAUCACAGUAAUUUAAAAUAAUUUAUAAUAA